AUGCCUGCCUCCAGUUGCACUUGCAAGCUUGAACAUGUUUGCGCUGCGCUUACCACCACUACGCAUGCCGUACACACGGUGCACCACCACCACCAUUACCACCACUAUGACGAACGAGAGGAAGGCCGCGAAGCCCCGUCUUCCCGGGCAGCAAAGAUUUAUGCAAACCACCUCGCACCACCUAUUACGACUUCGUUCUUCCAUAAACAAACCAUCAAUGUCUUUGAUAAUUACCAAAUCCAGGACGGCUCCCGAAUUUUGGAAACGCUUACUUGGCGUACUGAUGUGUACAAAUAUGUCACCAGAGCGAGACCUGAUGACCCGAACUUCAAGCAAAACGGCGGUGAAAUCUAUAUCAUCAUGGCCCACGAGGGGACUUGUUUGAUGGGGAGACCUCUUAUACUUCCGGCGUACUUGAAGACAGUGAAGGUACCAUCCUCGAUCAUGCCUGUGAGGCAGUUCCCUGCAAAUGACAGUGGUAUACAAUCGGGUGACGACUGGUCUUAUAAUAUUGACUAUGCCAACACGAUGCCGAUGUUCAACCAAGGGGGGAAUAAUGUAUUUGACUUUGAGGCCUCCUUCAAAGAAGACUUCGUUCGCUCCAAGUGCAAACAGAUAGGCGAGGAAACAUCCGAUGGUCUUGUGUUUGGCGUCGUUGAACCCCGAGCUAUAUCCAUCAACUACCCCGUCAAGGGCCUCUCAGUGUUCAAAUGUCUGGACCCCACGAUUUUCCCAGUCAACAUCACGUUCGAGGCCUCAGUUAGGGAUGGUGGAAAUGUCCUAGGUUCUAUCUCCAAGGAAGUAACGAUUCCUUUCGAUUUUUUCCCCGUCUUCUAA